AUGGCGGACUCUCAGUCCACAACCACGUCAGCGAAGCCACGGACGAGCAGCAUAUCACAAGUAUCCGAAAGUUCCCAGACAGCAGCAGAGUUCAUCAAGGAACAACUCAGCCUCGAGGCAGAAGCGCGCGAAGCUCUGCCCUACCAAUUCGACACCUGCACACGCGAUCUCGGCCCUCUACGUCAGAGUCUCUACGCAUGCCUCACGUGUAGCCCGCCGCCCGCCAGCGCCGCCCAAGUCCACACACCCGCAGGCGUAUGCUAUUCCUGCUCAAUAUCCUGCCACGGCGAACACACCCUUGUUGAGUUGUUUAACAAACGCGAUUUCAUCUGUGAUUGCGGCACAACUCGGAUGCCUGAGAACGUGCCAUGCACUUUGCGCAUCAAUGCUAAGACUGGGCAGAAGGGAGGUGUCACUGGCGAGGAGGCCGCGAAGAGCAACAAGUACAACCAGAAUUUCAAGAACAGGUUUUGUGGCUGCGGCGAGGACUAUGACGCGCAUCAAGAAAAAGGAACCAUGUUCCAGUGUCUAGGGCUAGGAACUGUUGUCGAAGGCGGCUGCGGUGAAGACUGGUGGCACCCAGAGUGUUUGGUCGGCUUCACCCGUGAGGAGUAUGCGAAGUCGAUUGAGAAGCCAGAGAAAAAGGAUACCAACGGCACAGACGUGAACACCGACGUCAACGUGGAGGACAAAAGACAUGAGAUCGGAAUAGCUACGCCAAUAUUGGAUGCGGCAGCGCUUGAGCGUAGCGGUGAGGACGGAAAUGAUAUGGCAACUGCAGUUGAACAGAACGAGGAUGAAGAUACGCCGCUACCUCCGGGCUUUCCGCCUGAAGACGACUUCGACCACUUUCUUUGCUAUAAAUGCGUGGAAGCCAAUCCCUGGAUCAAGAAACUCGCAGGAUCCCCUGGCUUCCUGCCCCCAGUCUAUACCCAGAAGGCUCUCAAUGCUGUUCAGCCUACAGAGACCGCUACAUCGGCCCUCGACGCCACAAAUGACGAUUCGAAGAAGCGCAAGGCAUCUGAUGCGGACGAUGAUGAGCUGAACAACACAACGCUGUCAAUCCCGGUUUCUGCUAAGCGCCAGAAAUCCGAAAACCCUAGCACUGCACUUUCUAGCACCCCAGAGGCUACUACCGUUCUUCCAACUACACCUAAAAAAGAAGACAUCUCAACCUGCAAGCUGGUAUCCCUCCCUCCUCUGCCCACACCAGCACUUACCAACUCUUUCUCGCUCUUCCUCAAACCCGACUUCCGCGACCACCUCUGCCGCUGCGCCUCCUGCUUCCCGCUUCUCAAACCCCAUCCACAACUGCUAGAAGAAGAGGAUACUUACGAGCCACCAAUCUCCGAGGACGGCGAUGAGGGUGUACAGUCCGUUGGCACAGGGUCCAUACUCGACCGCGGCGAAGCAGCGUUCAACAACAUGGAUCGUGUGCGCGCCAUACAGGGUGCUAUGGCGUAUGCGCAGCUCAAAGACAAGGUUUCGGCAUUCUUGAAGCCUUUUGCAGAGUCUGGGAAGGCUGUUGGUGCGGAGGAUGUUAAGGCGUACUUUGAGAAGCUGAGAGGUGAUGAACAGGGGAUCCAGGAGGCUGCUGUUGGAGCAAAGACGAGUAAGAGUGACGAGGACGGUGAUGCUGGCGCGGAUGGAAAUACUAGGAAAGAGCAGAGUGGUUACUGA